GAGUGCCUAUUUCUUUCUUGAACUAUAUUAUUAUGACAGAAUAUCGUCCUCUUCUGAAAAAGAACAAUACAGACAUCAUUAAAAUUGUUCUAAAAUUGCCCUUAAUUAGUGAUAAUUCAGAACAAUGCAUGUAAUAAUUAGAAAGAGAGAAUAUCUAAAUCAUUUGUUAGUGUUGUUCUGACAUGAUUCGCUGUUUAUUGUGUGUAAAGUUCGUUUAUCAUCAUCAGAAUCAUCAUAUUCUCCGUCUCUCAGUUUCGUUUCUCUCUGAUAGCGGAACAUAAAGGAAUCAUAAUAAUUGACUCUGUUCACUGAUUGCAGCAAUAUUAAAUCCUGUUGGAAGGCUUUGUGUGGGAAUUCUGCUGAUAUUGCUUUGGCUUCACUUUCAUCUGUAUUCUCUUUCAGCCCUUUGUUGCGGCUUUAUUGCGGUGGCGGCUGUUAUCGCGAGAUCUGCCGCUGAAGUGCAGGUCACUGAAACGCUUUAUUGCUCUUUAUUGAGUUCAUUCGCUCCGAUUUGAGCAUCAGCUGUCGGUGCGAGUCUGUUUGAGCCCGUUUGUGUCGCUUCUGAUGCUUAUCGCCGGCGCGGACCGCUUUGUGUGUAUUUACGCCGAAAUUAAACAUUCUUCAUCUCCAAACUAAUAUCCUCCUUUUUAUGCCUGAGCGAACAAAAGUCUGGAGAAACAUUCAUUUUAUGUGAUGAACGAAAAUUCGGUAACAUCACAUGAUGAAAGGCUGUUUGUGUUUGAGCUGCAGAGGAAGAUUAUCAUUGCCAUUAUAUAGUUGAAAAAGCACAAAUCUGGUUGUGUGACUGACGGCGUGACGUCAUCAGGCGCUCCACGUGCUUCUUGUUUACAGACGGACAGACUGAAGCAGUGGGACUGAUUGUGAAACUGUUCCUGGAUUGAGUUUCAGCGCUGAUCACAUGUUCUUCAUAUUGAGUUCUUCAUCAGAAUCAGUGACAAUCACCAGCACACGAUAUUAGACUGAAGAAUGUUCCAGAUGGUUCAGUUCUUAGUUCCCUCGGGGCCCAAGAGACCUGGUAACAUCAGCGUUUCUCAACCGACCGGACAGAAGCGGACUCAAACCGCUUCAUAUGAGUUUCUACAGCAUGUACGGACGGUCAGCGGUCUGAGACAGCAGGACAUGUUUUAUAACCUGCGUGUCCCAAACCAGUUUCAGACCGACCGAGACGAGAUCAACCUGCUGCUGCUCACAGGUCACGGCGUGUUUUGUAUCGAUCUGAAGACGUGGAGCGGUUCUGUUUCGGCCCAGAUCGAGACUCAUGUCAGAGCGCAGCAGCAGACCUUCAGCAGCGUCUCCGUCGAGCAGCUGCCCGACGCGCUUCAGGCCAUCACGGUGAAAACCAGCAACCUCUGCAGUCACAUGAAGCGCUGCGGGCUGAACGUCCGUCCGUCUCUCUUCAUUCCCAGAAUCCUCCUGCUCUCUCCGGACUGUGUGCUCAGUGACGAGCUGCUGCAGACAGAGCGGCUGGUGUCCGGCGCUGACGUCCAGACGUUCCUGCGCUCGCUCCGGGAGGGAUACACGUCAUGGCUGUCGGACGCCUUCACCCCGUCCUGGAUCUCAGGUCACCUGUCGUACGGGCAGAUGCGUGCGCUGCGUGAGCGGCUGGAGCUGAUGGGCACGUGGGAUCUGCUGCAGAUGUCUGGCGGUCAGGAGCUCAGCGGUGAUUUCCAGAGCUGCCAACAUCUGGCCAUCAACCGACAGGAAACUGACCUGCUGGAAUUCAACAGAGCAGGAAGUCUGAUCACUGACACACUGUGGAGUCUGCUGGGACACACACCACAGGUGACCGUCUCCAUGUACAAGCGAGGAGCUCAGGGAUGGCUGGGGAAACCGCUGAUCGCCACGGCAACAAUCCCCUCCAGCACACGUGUGAUCUUCCGCAUCCGAGGAGAAACUACAGACGCCAAGAUCCCGGCCGGCAGCAUCCGCUCCAUCACACUGAGCAUCUGAAGCUCUUUUCUGAUCCGCAGAAACUUGUUCUUGAAUCUGCUCUGCUUCUGCAACUCCAGCCGCUGAUCGUCUUCCCUGCUGGCACGACUAAUGAGCAAAAUUAUAAACAUUUCAGAGGA